GGGAGGAACCAACUGCCAACAACAACAAACCACCAGCUGAUCGAGGCAGAUCUUCUUGACAGGAGAGAGGAGAGAGAUUCUGUGAGGUUUUCUGUCUGUUAUUCUAGUGCGGUGGGACAGAAGCCGCGGCCAUGGCGUCGAAGAACCUGACACACAUCUUCUUGAUCAUGAGAGAUAAGGCGAUACAGAGGAGAAAUAUGUAUAAACGCGUGGAGAUUUAUUCAGAUGAGGAUGCCUUGGUUGUUAGUGAAGAGGUAGAGAAUGGAGUGGGCGGGCUAAGUGACGGUCAUCUGCCAGACUGGGCAGGGAUGGUGGAAGAGGUCCAGUACAACAUUGUCACACUGCGAGAAAAAACGAAGCGUGUAGCGGCACUUCAGAGUAAUUUAGUACGUCGACCAUCACUGGAUGACAACGCUGAAGAGGAACGCCAACUAACUGCACACAACAACGAGAUCAGAAGGACCCUUGAGAGAUGCCAGAUGUUGAUGAUCCAGAUAAAACAUGCAGCUGCCAGGGGUCGAGAAGAAACCUUAAACAAGAAUGUUGUUCGUGCACUUGGGUUUGCACUUCAGGAAGUAAAGAAUGAGUUCAUGACAACCUGCUCAGCUUUUACGAGUUCCAUGAACAACAUAAAAAAGACAAGUUCCUUUGUACAUGAGGGAGGAGGUGAUUAUGACAAUGAUUAUGGAACUUUUGAAGAUGGAUCCAGUUCUAGACACCAGGCCUGGACACAAGAGCAACUCAUGUUUCUGGCGGACAACACUCAAACAGUUCAGGAUCGGGAUCGGACAGUUCAGCAUAUAUUACAGUCUACAAUCCAACUGAAUCAACUCUUCCGGGACGUUGCGCAGUUAGUUUCUGACCAGGGAACAAUUUUGGAUAGAAUAGACUUUAAUGUAGAGCAUGCUGCUCUCAAAGUCGAAGAUGGUGCCAAGCAGCUGAAGAAAGCGGAAAAUUAUCAGCGUAAGAAUCGCAACAUGAAGUGCAUUUUAGGGCUUUCAGGCACAAUCAUUAUUCUGAUUAUUAUUUUGGUACUUGUCAAAACUUAACAGUGAUAAUGUAUUGUAUAUCUCCUAUCUGUCAAAUAAAUUAUUGAUACUAGAAAUAAUGUAGGAUAUUCUAUUUUUCCAGUACAGUAUUGUGUUCUACUAAAGGUGAUACAAUUUAUAGAGCUAUUGAGAUAUUUUGCAUUAUGCAGAUGAUGGUGUCUCAUUAUUUCAGGAAGUUACCUUAGAAGGAGAGGAGGCUAGGCUUUAUAUCUGAAAUGUACCUUUUGGAAGAAAUAUUAUGCAAGGAGGAGUAUUUUUUUGGUUCAAGGAUAUACAAAUACCUAAAACUUUAUAUUAAUAUUCCGUUAAUCUUACAAGGGGCCAGUAUAUGGGCUAUAUGAGGAUCUUUUUGGUUAGCAUUUAGUUGGUUAGGCAUGUAAUCACACAUCUUGGUCAAAUAUACAUGGUAUAUAGUCAACCUUGUGACCUGUAGUACUGCUUAAUUUUUUGAACAGCACUAUUAAUAUUGUAUUUAGGCAGAAUAAUGUCUUUUUCGCUGUACUGAUUUUAAAAAUUAUUCUACAGGGCAUGAAGUUUACCAUAUAGCCUAAUAAUACCUUUUGGUAUUGGACAUUUUGUUGAACACU